AUGUCAUUCCUCGGUGGCGCCGAGUGCUCUACGGCGGGAAACCCGUUGACUCAGUUCACAAAGCAUGUCCAAGAUGAUAAGUCACUACAACGAGAUCGCCUGGUAGGGAGGGGCCCAGGAGGCAUGCAAGAGGGCAUGCGGUCCCGGGGUAUGAUGGGAGGCCAAGAUCAGAUGAUGGACGAAUUCGCCCAACAACCUGGUCAAAUCCCCGGUGCGCCCCCGCAACCGUUUGCGAUGGAACAUUUGCGACGCGAGUUAGAUCAGUUUCAGACAACCCCUCCCCGAACAGGUUCCCCCGGCUGGGCCGCUGAGUUUGAUGCGGGUGAACAUGCCCGGAUGGAGGCCGCCUUUGCCGGGCCCCAGGGCCCCAUGAUGAACAAUACGUCGGGAUUUACGCCCGCGGAGUUUGCUCGAUUUCAGCAGCAGAGUAGGGCUGGCAUGCCCCAGACGGCUAACCCGGCUACGUCUUCCCAGUCUCCGAUGAUGGCUGGUUACCAGCGGCCUAUGGGUAUGGGUGGGUAUAUGGGCAUGGGUGGAAUGGGUGGGAUGGGAAUCAUGCCUCAGACUUUCAACCCGAUGGCAAUGCAGCAGCCCGCUGAGGCGACUACGCAGGAUAAGGGCAAGGGACGCAUGGUCGAACUGGACGACGAGAACUGGGAGGCACAGUUUGCGGAGAUGGAGACGGCAGACACUGAGAAAGUGGACGAGGAAGCCAACGCAGCUGUGGAGGCGGAGCUGAAUGAUCUGGACAGGUCAGUCCCCCUUACCAGUACGGCGGAAGAUCAGGAUUAUGGUGCUUUUGAAAGCGUAUGGGAAAGGGUCCAAGCUGAGACCGCAACAAACAGGAAACUGGCUGAAGAGGGAGAAAACUUAUUUGACGUCCACGAGAACUUCCACGCGGGAGAUAUGGGUGACUGGGAGGGAUUCGACACACUUAAUACUCGCUUCCGCAACCCCCAACUGGGCGACUACAUGUUCGAAGAAGAGAACGUGUUCCGGAAUGUAAGCAAUCCGUUCGAAGAAGGUGUGAAGAUCAUGCGCGAGGGAGGGAAUCUCUCUCUGGCUGCCUUGGCUUUCGAGGCGGCGGUCCAGAAGGACCCGCAACAUGUCCAAGCCUGGACCAUGCUGGGAUCGGCCCAGGCUCAGAACGAGAAGGAACUGCCGGCCAUUAGAGCGCUGGAGCAGGCCCUGAAGAUUGAUGCCAACAGUCUGGAUGCGCUUAUGGGGCUGGCUGUAUCUUACACUAACGAGGGCUAUGACUCGACUGCCUACCGCACCCUGGAGCGCUGGCUCUCCGUCAAAUACCCUCAGAUUAUCAACCCCAAGGAUGUUUCCUCGGACGCCGACCUCGGAUUUACGGAUCGGCAGCUACUUCACGACCGCGUAACCGACCUCUUUAUCCAGGCUGCUCAACUGUCGCCCUCGGGCGAGCAAAUGGACCCUGAUGUACAGGUCGGCCUGGGUGUGCUCUUCUACUGUGCGGAGGAGUACGACAAGGCGGUUGACUGCUUCUCUGCUGCGCUGGCUUCCACGGAAUCUGGAACAUCCAACCAACAGGAGCAGCUUCACCUGCUGUGGAACCGGCUUGGUGCUACGCUGGCCAACUCAGGUCGUUCCGAGGAGGCGAUCGAGGCCUACGAGCAGGCGUUGAACAUCAACGCCAACUUUGUCCGAGCGCGUUACAACCUGGGGGUGUCGUGCAUCAACAUCGGGUGUUACCCGGAGGCGGCGCAACACCUGCUGGGAGCUCUGUCCAUGCACCGGGUGGUCGAGGAGGAGGGUAGAGAGCGGGCGCGCGAGAUCAUCGGUGGCGACGGGGGCAUCGACAAUGAGCAGAUCGAUCGGAUGAUCCACGUCAGCCAGAACCAGAGCACGAAUCUGUAUGACACGUUGCGGCGGAGCUGCGACCGACUCGCAAUGACUUCAAUCACCGGCGCUCAAAUAAUUGCCCGGACGCUGCGCGAUCUGGGGGUGACAGUCAUCUUCGGCAUUGUUGGCAUCCCCGUGGUGGAGAUCGCCGAAGAGGCCAUCAACCUGGGCAUUCGAUUCGUGGCCUUCCGCAACGAACAGGCCUGUGGCUAUGCUGCCAGUGUCUACGGGUACAUGACAGGGCGACCGGGCGUGUGUCUGGUCGUCGGAGGGCCCGGCGUUCUCCACGCGCUGGCCGGCAUCGGAAACGCCUCCGCGAACAAUUUCCCUCUUCUCGUUCUCGCUGGCUCUGCGGAGACCACCGGCAUCACCAAAGGCGCCUUCCAGGAAUUGGACGCCAUCUCGCUCCUCACCCCCCACACCAAGCUCGCCGUCCGCGCCUCCUCCCUCGACUUCAUCCCCAGCGCCGUCAAGAAUGCCUACAGGACAUGCUGGUACGGGCGUCCGGGCCCGACUUUCGUCGAUCUCCCUGCCGAUAUUAUCCAGGGCAAAUGCUCUCCCGAUUAUCGUCUUCCCCAGCCUGAAACCCUCCGGGUCCCGUCGCCCCCGAAAGCAAGCGGAGACCCGGCCUUGAUCCUAAAGGCAGCGCAGUUGCUACGAACCGCCCGCUCUCCGCUACUGGUUAUCGGAAAGGGCGCCGCAUACGCGCGAGCAGAGCAUGGAAUCAACCAAUUGGUGGAGCAGACCUCAAUUCCCUUCCUGCCCACACCAAUGGGCAAGGGUGUGGUGCGGGACUCACAUCCGUUGAACGCAUCCAGCGCACGUAGCGCAGCUCUGAAGAAUGCAGACGUCGUCCUGGUCCUUGGGGCGCGCCUCAAUUGGAUCCUACACUACGGCGAGGCACCGAAAUGGUCACCCACAGCCAAGAUCAUCCAAGUGGAUAUCUGCGCGGAAGAAAUUGGCCGCAACGCUGGCACCGCUGAGCUCGGCAUCAUGGGAGAUAUCAGUCUGGUCGUGGACCAACUGCUCUCUUCUCUCUCAAACUGGAAAUACUCCCCUCAAUCUUCGGCCAAAGACGACUUCGCUUCUAUCCUAACUGCCUCGGCCAAAAAGAACGAAGAGAAGGCCCUACGGGUCGCUCUUCGGCCCACUCCACCAAACUCCCCCCUGACGUACCAACGAGCCUACCACAUCAUCAAAGGGACCUUGGCCGGUUUAACCCCCAUGGACGAGGGAAACAUCGUCUACGUCUCCGAGGGCGCCAACACAAUGGAUAUAUCCCGCUCCAUGUUCCCCCUCAACCACCCCCGCCAGCGCCUCGAUGCCGGCACUUACGCCACCAUGGGCGUUGGCCUGGGAUACAUCGUCGCAGCCCAUGAAGCCUUCAACGCGAUUCCGGGCUCCCCGCCCAAGAAAAUCGUCGCCCUGGAAGGCGAUAGCGCUUUUGGAUUCAGCGCCAUGGAGAUCGAAACCCUCGCCCGCUACCGCAUUCCCGCGUUGAUCUACGUCAUCAACAACUCAGGCAUCUACCACGGUGACUCGACCUCCGAAGACGCUUGGAAGACCCUGCAGCAUGAGACGGCCCUCAACGACACCAAGUCCGCCGACGGGAAGAAGGGUCUCCGCUCGACCAGUCUGCUGUACGAAACACGGUACGAGAUGCUGGCGACCAUGUGUGGCGGGAAGGGAUUCUUCGUGCGUACCGAGGAUGAGCUCCGGGCUGCUACAGUUGAGGGGUUCAAAAGUGGUACAGUCACAGUGGUGAAUGUUAUCGUCGAGCCGGGAAUCGGGAGAAAAAUCGGAUUCGCUUGGCAGGGGAAUACUGCUGAGCAGGCGAAGUUGUAG